UUGAUCAUAUUUGUUUUCAGGCAAAAACAGAAGCAUGGUGCUGACGUCGCUGACGGUAGUGAGCAGAAUCACCCACCUUUGGAUUCUGAUGGACUGAUUGAGAGUAAUUGGGAUUUCGUAUGUGAAAGUUUCGACGAAAUGGGUUUGAAGGAGAGUCUUCUUCGUGGCAUUUAUGCAUUUGGUUUCGAAAAACCGUCCGCAAUUCAGCAGCGUGCUAUUAUUCCUUGUACUAAAAAACUUGAUGUUAUCGCACAGGCUCAGUCUGGAACAGGUAAAACAGCCACAUUUUCGGUAGCAGUGCUUCAGAAUAUCGAUGAAAGUAUUCCACUAGUUCAAGCUCUUAUUAUGGCACCUACUCGUGAGCUUGCUCAGCAGAUUCAAAAGGUUGUGAUGUCCUUAGGUGAGUAUCUUGGUGUUAAAUGCCAUGCAUCCAUCGGAGGUACAAAUGUUCUUGAUGAUCAGCGUAAAUUGGAAUCUGGAGUGCAUGUUGUUGUUGGUACUCCUGGCCGUGUCAAUGAUAUGAUUACACGUGGAUGUCUCAUUACGAAACAUAUAAAAAUGUUCGUGUUGGACGAAGCCGACGAAAUGCUGUCUCGUGGUUUCAAAGAACAGAUCCAUCAUGCUUUCAGCUGCAUGCCUGUCGAUGUGCAGGUUGUGUUGCUUUCUGCUACAAUGCCAUCAGAAGUUCUUGAAGUUACAAGUAAGUUCAUGAACAAUCCCAUUCGCAUUCUUGUGAAAAAAGAAGAACUUACUCUUGAGGGCAUUCGACAGUUCUACGUAUAUGUCGAGAAAGAAGAAUGGAAAUUCGAGACACUUUGUGAUUUGUAUUCUACAGUCAAUAUUACUCAGGCUGUUAUUUUCUGUAACACACGUCGGAAGGUUGACACGCUUGCGUCUCAAAUGAUGAAAGAGAAAUAUACAGUAUCCUGUAUGCAUGGAGAUAUGGAGCAAAAUGAUCGUGACAUUAUUAUGCGUGAAUUUCGUUCGGGAUCUUCACGCGUUCUCAUCACAACCGAUUUAUUAGCACGUGGGAUUGAUGUCCAGCAAGUUUCUCUUGUCAUUAAUUACGACCUUCCUGGCAAUCGUGAAAACUACAUUCAUCGGAUCGGUCGUUCUGGUCGUUUCGGUAGGAAAGGAGUGGCUAUAAAUUUCAUAACGGAUACUGAUAAGCGGAUGAUGAAUGAUAUAGAAAGCUUUUAUAAUACACAAAUUGAAGAAAUGCCUAUGGAUAUUGCAAAUUUACUUUAA